GCGAACGUGCGGCGGGGGAAAACCAUCUGCAAAACAAUCUUUAAUUUCCGUCUCCCGCGUUACGGAGCACACAAAUCCCAUUCCCAAGUUCCAACCUGUGGGGGCGGCCGCGGCUCCUCCGAGAAGGCCCUAAAACCCCAAUCAAUCCCUAAUCGCUCCACAAACCCUAUUCUCUACUCUCCCGCACUCUCCAAUGGACCUCGGCUUCGUCUCCCCCCGCGCUCUCUCCCUCCUCUCCUCUCCCUCCUCUUCCUCCUCAUGCUCCCCCAGCUACGGGAGCGUCGGGAUCCGACCCCGCGAUCGCUUAUGCGGCGCCAAGAUCCGAGCCUCCUCCGAGGGCAGCGGCGAGAGGAUCUCCGGCGAUCACCGCCGACGCUCGCCGCCGGCUAUGGAGGUUUCGCCCUCCUCGUCGUCGUCCGCGGCGGCGGCGGCGGCGGCGGCGGCGGCGUCUUCUUCCUCGUCUUCGGCUUCUUCCUCGACGAGCUCUUCGUCCGUGAUCGAUCGGAGCUUCAGGAGCUCGGAUUCCGAGUUCCCCCUUUGGGAGAAGCUCGGAGCGGUCGUUAGGCUCAGCUACGGUGUCGGAAUAUAUGGGGCGAUGGCAAUGGCUGGGAAGUUCAUAUGUUCAAUAACAGGAAUAGAUUGGAUGGGAGGGUUCCAUCCGUCGCUAACUGCGAUUGUUGAAGGGCUUGGAUAUGCAGCUCCUCCGAUCAUGGCUCUUCUCUUCAUCCUUGAUGAUGAGGUAGUCAAAUACUCUCCUCAUGCUCGCGCCAUUAGAGAUGUGGAGGAUGAGGAGCUGAGGAGUUUCUUCUAUGGCAUGUCACCGUGGCAGUUCGUUCUAAUUAUUACUGCUAGUUCAAUUGGAGAGGAGCUCUUCUAUCGAGCUGCUGUUCAGGGUUCAUUGGCAGAUAUGUUUCUGAGGAGCGCGGAACUUGUUAAAGAUGCACAUGGAAUCGCAUCCCUGAGUGGUGUGCUGCCUUUCUUUGUCCCAUUUGCUCAAGCAUUUGCCGCAGUUAUCACGGCAGCCCUAACUGGAUCACUCUACUAUGUUGCCACUGCCCCGAAAGACCCUACUUAUGUGGUUACAGCAGUAUCAUCACAUUCUCGUUCUAGUCGCAACGACCUCAAGAAGCUUUUUGCUGCUUGGUAUGAAAGAAGGCAAAUGAAGAAGAUAUAUUCUCCCCUUCUCGAAGGAUUGUUGGCCCUCUACCUUGGUUUUGAGUGGAUCCAGACGGAUAACAUUCUCUCUCCUAUGAUCACGCAUGGCAUAUACUCUGCUGUGGUGUUAGGACACGGGCUGUGGAAAAUUCAUGACCAUAGGCGUAGGCUGCGCAAUAGGAUUCAACAGUUAAGGGCGGAAGCAAGGAACUAAAACAAAUUAUAGAGCCCCAGUCAGGACAAAAAAAAAAAGAAAAAGAAACAUGCAACCAUGUCGGGGAGGAAGAAUGGACGCCUUUGUUCCAACAAACACUAGGCCUUGAUCAAACGAAAUGAGAGUGAAAAUGCAAGUCGUAUAUCUACUUUUGGUGUAUAUAUGCAAAUUAGAUAGCCAAUUUAUGCAGGAAAAUAAAUUAUGUUGUGUAUAUUUUCAUAAGAGGUAGAAAUGAUGUUGUAGACAGUUUUAAGUCUUCUUGCAGCAAUAUGGCUUUUCAAAUAUAUGAACGCUUGGUUGCCAUCAAUAAAGAUCAUUGAUAUCAUAUAUUCCUUA